GCACGCGCUCUCUGUCGGCAGCUUCAGCUAGCAGCCCGAGCUAAUCCUGCUAACAGCUAACGGCUAAGCUAGCUAGUGGCGCUAUGAUGGCGGAGCUGGUGCAGGGACAGGCCUCGAUGAACCAGCCGGGGCUGAAGUCAGACGGCCUAGCCGAUGUUUUACAGAGGGCCCGGCAGAUGGUGGGAAAGAUGGGCGGAGAAGCCAUGUCUCACCUCAACAGCUCCUCAGGAAGUGUCGAGCCGUCGCUGUACUACCCCGGCCAGAAACGACCAGGAGAGGACGGAGUAGGAAACCAGCUAGCAGCCAUGGGGCAUCAAAGCAGGGUAAUCACAGAGGAUUACAAGGUCCCCGACAGAAUGGUGGGCUUCAUUAUUGGAAGAGGAGGUGAACAGAUCACCAGGAUCCAGCUGGAGUCUGGCUGCAAGAUUCAGAUCGCUGCUGACAGCGGAGGUCUGAUGGAGCGGCCAUGUUCCCUGACAGGAACUCCAGAGAGCAUCGAGCAGGCCAAGAGGCUCCUGGUCCAGAUCGUGGAUCGCUGCAGAAACGGUCCUGGUUUUCACGGAGAUGGGGAAGGUGGAGCCUCAGUGCAGGAGAUGUUGAUCCCAGCCAGCAAGGUGGGGCUGGUGAUCGGCCGAGGAGGAGACACCAUCAAACAGCUGCAGGAGAGAGCCGGGGUGAAGAUGAUGAUGAUCCAGGACGGUCCGAUGCCGACAGGAGCGGACAAACCUCUCCGCAUCUCUGGAGACCCGUACAAAGUGCAGGCUGCGAGGGAGCUGGUGCUGGAGGUGAUCCGGGAGAAGGAUGGAGAUUUCAGGGCAGGGCGCAACGACUUCAGCGCUCGACUUGGAGGAACCAGCCUGGAUUCUGUCCCUCUGCAGGUUCCAGUUCCCCGUUUUGCUGUGGGCAUCGUGAUCGGCAGGAAUGGAGAGAUGAUAAAGAAGAUCCAAAAUGAUGCCGGGGUCCGGAUCCAGUUUAAAGCAGAUGAUGGUAUCAGCCCAGAGCGUGUGGCCAUGGUGAUGGGUCAGCCAGACCGCUGUCAGCAUGCUGUCCACCUUAUCAACGAGCUCAUCCAGACUGCACAGGAGCGUGAUGGUUUCGGCUCAGCCCUGCGGAGCGGGAGGGUCAGAGGUCGUGGUGACUGGACCAUGGGUUCUCCUGGUCCGCUACAGGAAGUGACCUACACCAUCCCCGCUGACAAGUGUGGCCUCGUCAUCGGCAAAGGUGGAGAAACCAUUAAGAGUAUUAACCAGCAGUCUGGAGCUCAUGUGGAGCUGCAGAGGAACCCUCCCCCUUCCACCGACCCCAACACCAGGGUCUUCACAAUUAGAGGAACCGCCCAGCAGAUGGACCUGGCCCGUCAGCUCAUAGACGACAAGAUCGGGGGCUCAGGUAUCAUGAGUAACGGAGGAUUUGGCUUCAGUCCCUUCACCCAGGGCCCUGCCACACACCAGAACUGUGGCAGCGGUCAGACCUUUCUGACUGGCGUUUGGGGAAACACCUACCAGACCAGCUGGCAGAACCCUGGACAACAAGACCCUGGUCAGCAGAACCAGCCUCAGAGCUUGAUGACAGACUACAGUAAGGCCUGGGAGGACUACUACAAGAAACAGAGUCAGUCGUCUCAGCAGAGUUCGGUGCCAGACUACACUGCAGUGUUAGCAGAAUACUACAGACAGCAGCCCUACCUGUGGAACCCCGCCCAGAUACAGGAUCACUAGAGGCCCCUCCCUCGCCGGUGAAGGCCUCGGAUGGUCGUCGAAGGCAACCGAAUCGGGGUUUCCUUGCAACGCUCUGCCGCUUCCUCCUUCCUUUUGUAGAGAAAACUAAGGAUUAACUGAAAAAUCACGAACUCUUUUCUUUCUGUUUUUUAACCUUACAAAGUCGAUAUUUUGUCAGGCAGAUUUUUCUGGACUAGCCUCUGGUCUCUCCACAGUGUAGACCUGUUUUUUUUUUUUGUUUUGUUUUUUUUGUUUUUAUUUUUUUUUAUCAAACUUGAACUUAAAGAUGUAUCAGUGUGGCUUUGAACAAAAAAUCCAGUAUAAUCUUUAUUUUGUCUAGUUUUAUUUUCCAAUAAGAAAACGGUAUCAGGCUUAGCAGUCUUGAGUAAGAAAAUCAGAUAUUAUUAUUAUUAUUAUUAUUUUGUUUAUGAUAAUGUUUUAAAGCAUGCGUCAGAUUGUGUGUGUUGACUCUCAGUUAUUUUUUUUUAUUUUUGGCAUAGAAAUAUUUUAAUAGCGUCAGAUGGAAAUUUAAUGUUUUACCGUCAGAGACAAAACUGUUUUUUGUACUAAAUUUGUGCUCGCUGGGUCUGUUUGUUCUCGAUCUAAUUUUACCUGUUAAGUCGCCAUCUUGGAGGUGCAAUGACGCGAUUAUUGUUUUCUUUUUGGUUUGAUGAUAGUUCUUAUUCCUGUAUCUCUAUAGUGAUUCUUUAGUUUUUAUGAUGUAAUGAUAAAUAAAUGCCGAUUUAUAUUGCGUUGUCUAAAGCCAGAUCUCUCUGUGGUCAAACACUCUGUGUCCUCCACAGGAUUUAACCCUCAGCCGACACCACGUUUCCCCGCCUCAACUUUCAUUACAAAAGGGGGAAAUUUGUUAUUUUCUUACAGAGUGAAACUUUAUUAUUGUUGUUGUAUCUUCGUUCUGCAUUUCUACUUUGCCGAUUUGUUUGUAGAAGAAGUGUUAGGAGCUGAACAAUGAAGUUAUCGAUUCUAUAAGCAAUGUUUUAGCUAAAACGAGCGCGUUGGCUAAAUGCGCAAGUUAGCAAAAAGAUGUGUGUUACCUCAACUGUGUGUUAGCCGGACGAAUGUGGGUGAUUCUGUUGGCUGUCUUUUUAUUAGCUGAAUGUAAAGGUUAAUUGAAAGAUGUGUUGUCUGGACAAUAUGUGUUUGUGUUAGCUUAGCAGGGUUAGCAUUGACAUUUGGCUCUUCCUGAACAUGCGUGUUGCCAGUUGUUAGUUGAAUGAAUGUGGUGGCUGAACUGUUGGUGAAUUAUAUGGCGUGUGUGUGUGUUCGGAUGAGUAGCUGUUUGCUUUGAGUGCUUGAUAACUUUGCGUGUUCCACACUUACGACCGUAAAUAACCGAGUGAGAAAAAAUGAUCGCGUUUUACGAUGAGGUCGAUUUUUCUACAGUGUAGGUAUUCCCGUUUUUGGAAAAAGACGCUCCAAAGAACCUUCCAAAAUAAACAAAUUCAAUCUUACACAAUCAAUAUUAUAAAGUGCUUAGUAGCAUCUAAUUUUACUAGCUAACAAAUUCCCACAACAUUUAGAAUCCAGAAAAAUAUCAAACUUAGGCUCCUUUUUCAUUUAUCCGAUAAAACUACACAGCUAGCAAAGUAACAUCCUGUCCACUUUCUAGAUCCACCUAAAAUAUCCACUUUUAGCUUGUAGCAUUAGCAUUAAGUUGUGUUCGCUAAACAGGGUAUGCUGGCAGAUCAGCUAAACUGCCUGAAGUUGCUAAACGUACGUUAGCUUAACACAUUUUGUUCGUAAACUAUACUGUGGGUUAUAUAAACAUGUUUGUAUUAGCUUAACAUCGGCGGCGGCAGCGUGUGUGAGUUAGCAUCAUGUCACCUUUAAAUUCCUCCCUCGCGCUACCGCAACGGCUUGAAGCAUUAGCUUAAAUUUUCGUUAGCUAGACGGCAUGUAUUGCACAGAUUAACUUAGCUUUGUAAACUAGCACAACUGCAUGAGUGUGGUAGCAUAAGUUGCUGAACGUGCGUUUGCUUAAUAUUCUUGUUGGGUUAUAUAACAUGUUUAUUUUAGUUGACCUUUUAUGUGCGGCGCUUGCAAGUUAGCAUCGUGCUAGCUUUCUAAAAAUCAACCACGCUUUUUUCGCUGAUUAGCAUUAGCAGAAUUUCGUUAGCUGGCAGUCCAAACAGAUUAGCUUAACCUUGUACUCUAGAAAAACUGCAUGUGUGAGGUGGCUGAAAAUGCUGAAUGUGCGUUAGCUUAAUACUUUUGUUUGAUAGCUUUACUGUGAGUCAUACGAGCGUGUUUAUAUCACCUUCACUUCCUUGAUUCUGCGACGGCUCGAAGCGCUAGCUGAAUUUCUGUUACCUACGCAGCACGUGACCUUAACUUUGUAAAUUAGCAAAACCGCAAAGUUGCUGAAUGUGCGCUGGCUCGAUACCAAUUUUUCCGUUAGCUACACUUCGGGUUUUGUAAACGUGUUUAUUUUAGCUUACCUCGUGCAUGCAGUGUGUGUGUGUGUGUGUGAGUCAGCGGCCUGCCGUGUGUCUGCUUAGGCUGGGUUAUGAUUGUGCGUCGUCGUGAGAGCUUGUGUGGCGGUUUUAUACAAAUUUGAACAAGACAAUAUUUUUCGUUACUUUUUUCGAACCACCUUUCCAACGGGAGCGUAGAUCUACGAAUUAGCUUGUUCGACGUGUAUUGAAAUUGAGAUGAUCUGUGAGCCAGCCUUCAGAGAGCCGUUAGCGUAAACCACGGAGAAUCUUUGAGUGUUUUUGCCGAUUUGUAAUUCCAGCUGAGCUAAUAUUCGUUAGCAUUGUGUGUUGGGUCUGGUGUGUACUUCUGUGCGAUAGCUGAACAUUGUUGUGUGUGUCGGACCACAGAGAGGUUUGUCUUGUUGAGGGGGAUCUGGCUGUUGUUGAGUUGAAUAAUGAAUCAGUGGUUCUGCUUCUUGUAUGUGUGACGAUGAUGAUGACGAUAAUAAUAAUUAAUGACGACGAUAAUAAUGAGUUCUCCUGUACAGGGGUCUAUUUAAAUCUGUUCAUCCAGUUAUGAAUAUUCAGUUUGUCGAUGAGAUAAUAUGGUUUGUGUAAAUUUCCACUCUCUGGUGGGUGCUCUCCAGUUAAAAAUGUACUUUGUUAUCCUGUUCAAAAUGAGAUUGUUUAAUUCACAUGUUGUGUCUAACCGAUUUGCAAAGAGAUGUAUGUGUUAUAUAUAGUCUCAAGACUGCUAGGCUAACUGUCUCUCUCUCUCUUCUCCUUGUCUUUCUGUCUCUGUCUGGACGGCGUCACGUUAAAAAGUUGUUUGGAUUCGUGUCUUUUCAACGCGUCUGUAAUCGGACCACGUGAUUACAGCUGAGAGUUAUCGUCACAGGCGUGUUGAACGGUCCUGCAGCUGGUUAGCGUGGCGGCUCCGAGGCGAGGAGAGCUGUAGUACAGGGGUUUUACUCCCCAAAUAAUUAUUAAAAAAACACAGGAGUGGACGGUGUUCUGGUGUCCUGCCACAGUUCCAGGCUUGUUUUGGACUGCUAGAACCCACACUGGGUCUAAACCAGUCACUACCAGGCCCUCCCAACGUCCCAGAACCAGAACUGGACACGACACCGCCCGUCCACUCCCAUUUAGAUCUUCCUAGUCCCGACCCCUCGACCCUGAAGGGGUGACAGGGUGCUUUUUGGUUUCAUGGUUUCUGUUGUUUUUCUAAUGGACAGACGUCCUAACUGUAACCUGCAGAUUUUUCUAUUAGAUUCUAUGACGAUAGAGUUGUGUAUGAACCCGAGCCACGAGACUGUCGGUGGCCGAGGAAGAGGCAGGUGGAUGAUUAUGAUGAUUAACAUGAGGGCUAAUAAACAGGCUCAUUCUUUCUGA